GAACACAUCAAUUCCUAUAUAAACAGACGUUUACAUUUUAAUUGCGACUCAAAUCCAGUUCGCAGCUUACAACAGUAGCAACGCACCACAGAAGGAAAUCGCUAAUCGCCGAGUUUCAAGUUUAAGCCCAGACUCAGACACAGACUCACAGCUAGACUUCGAGUCAGAGACAGAGCCAAGCUCAGGCUCAGUGCUAAUCGAAAUCGCGACGAGAGUGGACGAGUUUUUUGUGUCUAGUGCUGAGAUUUAUUAAUUUACCAAGCUAACGCUAAAAAGUGAACAGCCGGAAAAUGUUUGCCAUAUUUGGUGCACUUUGCCUACUGAUGCUGCAAGCCACACUGGCCCCAGCUCAGCUUAUUACACUGCGCGAUGGCAAAUUGGGCGUCAAUUUCGCCGGCUAUCAUGCGGACGCCGGACUGGGUGGACUGCUGACAGGCGACGCAGCUCACGGCGGACUUAGCGCCUCGGCGGGCACUCCUUGGGGAGCGCGUUCUGCGGCUGGUCUCAGGGGCGGACUUAACGGUUCCCCCGCUGGCGUUGCAUAUGCAGCGGCUCAGGCCAACGAUGACGUUGGCGCCAGUGCCGUUCUUGGCGGCAGGGUUGGCGAGCAUGGCUACAUUGGUUCCGAGGCGCAUGUUCCCGGCAAGGUGGAACACUCCUCUGUCCAUCUACAGCCACAACACGAAUCCGCUAGCUCGGCACCUUUGGACAAUGAGCCUCUGCUGCCAACGGCUCGGCCCUCUUAUGUGCAGAAGGUGAAGCCUCCGCACAAAAAAUAUUCGCUGAUUGCACAAAAUGCCACGCCCAAGAGUGAUGCAAAGGUGGUGCACCAGCACAAGUAUUCCCAGGUUGCCGCACAGCGGCCACAGGUUGUCACCAGCCACGUCAUUGCACCACAGGCACAAAACAGCAUUGUGGGCAAUGCACUUGAUAUACCCAUUGGCAUUUUGCGCUCUCUGCAGACGAGCCUGGGCGCUUUAGUGGCCAAUCAUCCAGCACCUGCUCCACAGUUUCGCGCUCAACACUAACAGAAUUAAGUCAAUAAGUGAAUUUAUAUUUGUAUUUGUACAGCAAAUAAGUUAACAAUGAGAAACUAAUAUGAUCAAUAAAGCCAAACAAAUGGUGAACACAA